GGGGGGGGGGGUUCCGUUUCCAAAUAUCCAUGAUUAUGUCAUUCCUCUUUUCCAAAGCUCCGAUGACCGAUGGUUGAUGACCGACAGACUAGGCCCAAGCUCCACCCCACUUUGUGUGCUGUGGUCUCGUUGCCUCGUCUCCCAGCUCUCAGCUCUGAGGUAAGAACCAAAGCUAAGCAGCAAGCCCCCGAGGCGACGUACGAAUGCCCUUGGUAGCCUUGCAUCUUUCUCUCAAUCAAGUCGCCGUAAACGUAAACGUAACCGAAGCACAACCGCAGAAGCAGACGCAAACGAAGACAAAGUCGCCAGACAAACAGUCGACUCCAUAUUCAUUCCCCAAACCCCAAAUUCUCCCCGUAGUUCACAGCAUUGUAGCACACAGCCAUGUCAAUUUCGCCCAUCAUAACGUUCAAGGCCGGCAUGUGCGAGGUUGAUCCCUCGGCCAAGCCGUACAAGGUCAAGCCAAAGCCUGAGAAGGGCUACGUCUACCUCUACGAAGAAGAUGACCUGAUUCACUUCUGCUGGAGACAACGCAGUGCCCCUCUCGACCAACCAGAGCUUGACCUGGUCAUGGUACCGACGGAUCCUCACUUUGUACCCCACGAUUCCAGCAAACAGACAAGACCCGCAGCCAAGACAAACGGACGUGUCUUUGUCCUCAAGUUCACCUCUUCAUCAGAACGCCACAUGUUCUGGAUGCAGUCGAAACCUCAAGGCCGAAAUGGCGACCCCGCAUGGUUCAGCCCCCGAGAUCUGAAGAUUGGACAAGUGGUCGACGCCCUGCUGCAGGGCGAAGAGGUCGACGUUCAAGCAGAAAUGGGUGCUGUGGCAAGCAACGACAAUGACGACCCACAUGGAGAAGACGACGACGACGAGACCAUGGAGGAUGUCGAGGGCGGCGACUCCAACGGCCCCCGCGGUGGCGCUGGCGCCGGCACCGGAGGGGCUGGCUCGGGCGCUACAGGUGGAGAUGUGCGAGACGAGGGACAAGGCUCCAGAGAGGGAGGUGCAGACGGAGCUCGAGCUGUUGCCGGCGGGAACAAUGACGCUGCACAAGCAGUGAGAAAUUUCCUUGACUCUCUGAAGGGCGGUUCAGGUGGCGCUGGUGGUGCCAGCCAAGGGGAGGACAAGUUGUAUCCCCUCCUUUCAGAUCUCCUCACACCCCCCACGACAGUCCCCAUGGCACGCGAUGCCACAGAAGAGCAGAUCGAUGAGCUGCUGAGUUUUCUGCCUCCCCAAGUGCUCAUCAUCGGCCAACAAGCCGACUCUGGAGAUGCCACAGCUGAGCCCACAGCCGACGCGAUAGAAGCAGCCAGGCAAGCCAUGAGUCUCGGACAAAAGAAAGCCCUUCUGGAGAAAGUUCUUAGGAGUCCUCAGUUCCACCAGAGUUUGACAAGUCUCACGAUGGCUCUGCGGGAUGGCGGCUUGCCCACUGUUGCAGAGGCGCUUUCUGUCAAGGUUGAGAAUGGUGGUUAUAUGAAGGGUAGCAGCAUGCCCUUGGGUGGCGGUGCUGCUGUCGAGGCUUUUGUUGAGGGUGUCAAGAAGACGGUGGAGAAGAAGUAACCGCUCUCAUUAAUGUUCACGUUAGGCUGCAACCAUAAUUCUGUACAUUUGGAUGAGAUCAUGAUAGAUGUUGCCGCAUAAGCUUGAUGUACGGCAAUAGAUGAGUGCUUGGUGCAUUGUGUCGCAUACACAGUUUUGUUAUAUACUAGUCUAACUAGGCUUUGGCCUGUGACUUCUGGCAGGGUCAGGGCUCAACACCAUGCGAUGUUACGAGGCCAGACACUGGACGUGAACGAUUAAACAGUGAUCGCCGUGAAUCAUCAUAAGCCAUCUUAUGCCACGGCCACCAUGGCAAGUACAGAGGUUGAUGAGUAUGUCGUGCCACAAUAGCGAGGUAAGUCUUAAAACAAAA